GGUUUUUGACAAUGUCAAUGUCUUCGCGCUUUUUGAGGUAGGUUUUUUUAUUUCCUAAUAUCUGACCAUGUUUGCGGUUUCUGAUUGUGUAGAAUGAAUGACAAUAUAACUUUAGUAUUGCACCAUGGAGGAAGAUUCACUCCACGUGCCAGUGAUGGAAAGGUUGAAUAUAUAGGCGGAGAAUUUGACGUUUGGGAGGAUAUAUCUGCAGAUUGCCUGAAUGCAUUUAUCUUAUAUGAUCUGGUGAAAGCUUGUAAGAAGUAUAGUAAUAUAGGAGAAUGUUUUUGGUUGAUUGAUAAGGACUUAGAUUUUAAUCAUGGGUUAAGGAGUUGUACAACUGAUGGAGAUAUAUUACACUUAGUUAGGGAUGCUUUUGAAAAUGAGAAUGAGAUAAAUGUUUAUUUUCAUCAUGAAGUAGAUCCAAUUUUAGAAGAAGUCCCACAAAUGUUGUACUUGGAAUGUGAUCCAAUUCGAAAAGCUGUUGAGAAUGAGGAUGAUUUAGAUGAUGUACCUGUUGCUGGCCAUGAGGAAGAUGUUGGUGCUGGAGAGCAGAGAGAUGCUGGUGAGCAGAUGGAUGCUGGUAAGCAGAGGGAUGGUGGUGAGCAGAGGGAUAUUGAUGCUGGUGAGCAAAGAGAUGGUAGUGAGCAGAGGGAUACUGAUGCUGGUGAGCAAAGAGAUGGUAGUGAGCAGAGGGAUGCUGAAGCUGGUGAGGAGAGAGAUGCUGAUGGUGAAGAGAGAGAUGUUGCUGAUAGUGAGGAGGAAAAGGAAGUUGACAGUGAUGAGACAGAUGCUGAGUGGUUUAUAAAUUUCUCUUGUAUGUUGAAUGAAGUUGAAGCUGAAGUUGAGACAGAUGGUUAUCAUUCAGAGGAGCUUAAUAUCCCCAUUAGUAGUGAUGAUGAAGAUGAGGAUGUUGAAGUUUAUCCUCAAUAUAGUCAAAGUAGUGGAGCUGGUGAACAGAAGUUGGAAUUAGGGAUGGAGUUUGGUACUCUAGAUGAAUUUAAAUCUGCCUUGAGGGAGUAUAGCAUAUUGAUGGGCAGGGAGUUCAAGUGGAAGAAGAAUGAUAAACAGAGGGAUAGAGCAAAAUGCAAGAAGGCAUUUUGUGAUUGGGAAAUCUACUGUGCAAAGAAUGAAGUUAGAAACUCUUUUCAGAUAAAGACAUUUAAGCAUAACCAUAAUUGCUGCAGAGAAGUGAACAACAAACAAGCAAAUAGACAGUGGGUGGUCAGUAAACUUGAGGGCAAACUCAGAAUGCAGCCAACCCUUAAAUGUGUUGAAGCUUUGGAAUAUUUCAAGCAAGAGUUUGGAGUGCACAUUGAAGUUACAAAGAUGUGGAGAGCCAUGAAAGAAGCAAAGCAAUUAGUGGAAGGGAAUGAGAGGAAACAAUAUGCCAAACUAUUUGAUUAUGCACAUGAAUUGUUGAGGAGCAAUCCUGGAUCAACAGUUAAGAUCAACACAGUGCCAAGUCCAGAAGGUCCACCACAAUUUCAGAGGCUAUAUAUUUGUCUUGCUGGCUGUAAGAAGGGGUUUGUUGCUGGAUGUAGACCAUUCAUAGGUCUAGAUGGAUGUUUCCUAAAGAGUGCAUUUGGAGGAAACUUGCUCUCUGCUGUUGGGCUUGAUGGCAAUAACCACAUCUAUGUUAUUGCUUAUGCUAUUGUGGACAUUGAGAACAAAGACAAUUGGAAAUGGUUUUUAACUUUGUUGCAUGAAGAUCUUGGGGAUUACAUACAGAAUGGGUGGAAUUUCAUGUCAGACAUGCAAAAGGGACUUAUUCCAGCUUUACAGGAAGUCAUGCCUGGUGCACCUCAUAGAUUUUGUGUCUUGCAUCUUUGGAAAAAUUUUACAAAGCAAUGGAAAAGCAAGGAACUUAAAGGAAUUGUGUGGCAAUGUGCAAAAUCCACUACUGUUGCUGAGUUUGAAAGCCAUAUGGCCCAUUUGAAGACAAUCAACUGCCAGGCUUGGGAGUAUUUGAAUAAAUGGCCCAAACAAGCAUGGACAAAAGCCCACUUCAGUACAAUACCCAAGGUGGACAAUAUAUGUAACAACACUUGUGAGGUAUUCAAUUCCAGAAUUCUGCAGUAUAGAUGCAAGCCUAUUAUCACAAUGCUUGAAGAAAUUAGAAGUUAUAUCAUGAGAACCAUGGCUGCCCGCAAGGUUAAACUUUCUGGAAAACCUGGACCAUUAUGUCCAGUGCAGUAUAAAAGACUAGAAAAAGAAUUCCAUUUUGCUAAUCAAUGGACUCCCAUUUGGUGUGGUGAUAACAUGGGCCUGAGAUAUGAGGUCCACAUGUGGGGGAAUAAGGUUGAGGUCAAUUUAGGUGAAUGGACAUGCACUUGUGGAGUAUGGCAACUAACAGGGAUGCCAUGCCGACAUGCCAUUGCAACAAUAACUCACAAAGGAGGGAAGCCUGAGGACAUGUGUCAUGAGUGGCUGUCAAUAGAAGCUUAUAAUAAGACAUACCAGCAUUUUAUUGAACCAGUCCAAGGACCACAAUAUUGGGCCCAGACACAGUAUACACACCCUGUUCCACCACAUAAAAAGGUCCAAAGAGGAAGGCCAAAGAAAAAUAGAAGGAGAUCUGUAGAUGAGGACAAUGUCACAGGACAUAAGCUAAAGAGGAAAUUGGCUGAGUUUACAUGUGGAAGGUGUGGCCAAACCAAUCAUAACAUUAGAAGCUGUAAAAAUAUUGGAGUUCCUGUUAGGCCAAAGAAAUAUGUUGCACCAUCAACUUCAAAUGAGGAUGACCACCUAUUAUCUCAAGAUGAACAAGCUUUGAAUGAGGCUGAAGAAGCUGCUGCUCAUGUUCAACAAGAUCCGGUGGAGAUUAAUUUAUCUCAGCCUCAUUUGUCACAAGAUAGUGACAUGGAGUUGAUGGUAAAUAUUUGUCACAACAAAGUAGUUUUAUCUCAACCUAAUUUGUUGCAGCACUCCAUUUUUAUAUAUUACAAUUAUUCAUGUUUGGCAUUUACAUGUAGGUCCCUGCAACUACUGUUCCACCAAUAG